GGCUGACAUGCACAUGCUGCUCUUUCUGUAAAAGGGAGCCGAGUAGUUGGGAGGGAGGCAGACACAAGGAAGGAGGCUGAGCGCUCACACAUCACACACAAGGAAGAGGCUCACCGAUCACCCACCGAUCACCCACCGACCACACUCAGAUCCUACAGACACCACACACAACUUCUUGCCUCCGAUGAUAAUAGAGGAUUGUCACCCAUCCGAUGUGCCGUGGGACAGAGAAGUGACAUUGGGGACAUUGCACCAAGUGACUGGAGGAAUAGCCGGGCUCAGGAGUGUACAGCCGCCCAAUGACUUGUUAAUAAGCGGAUUCCACAUUAUUGAACGUCUGUGAUUUGGGUUCUCAGCCUGACAAUGGAUAUCUUGUUUUUUCUGCUUGGAGUUAUCUGUCUGCACUUUUCUGGAUGCGAAGUUUCAGGUGAAAAAGCAACCACAUGUGGUGGCCGAUUAAAUGCCAAACAUCCCGAUUACAUCACCUCACCUGGGUACCCUUACGACUACCCUUCCCAUCAGAACUGUGAGUGGAUCAUCAGUGCACCAGAGCCCAACCAGAAGAUUGUGCUGAACUUCAACCCACACUUUGAAAUUGAAAAACACGACUGCAAAUAUGAUUUCAUUGAAAUUCGAGAUGGAGACUCUGAAAACGCAGAACUGCUGGGUAAACAUUGUGGCAAUAUUGCUCCUUCUACAAUCACGUCAUCCGGAUCACACAUCUACAUCCGCUUUACUUCUGACUAUGGCCGCCAAGGUGCUGGAUUUUCACUGCGCUAUGAGAUCUUUAAAACAGGCUCUGAAGAUUGUUCUAGGAACUUCACCAACACUAAUGGCACCAUUGAAUCCCCUGGCUAUCCAGACAAAUAUCCACACAACCUUGACUGUGUAUUUACUAUUUUGGCCAAGCCAAAGAUGGAGAUCAUCCUGCAGUUUCUGAACUUUGACCUUGAGUAUGACCCUCUCCAAGUUGGGGAAGGCGACUGCAAAUACGAUUGGUUGGACAUCUGGGAUGGCAUUCCAAAUGUGGGGCCCUUGAUUGGCAGGUAUUGCGGUACGAAGACCCCCUCCGAGAUCCGCUCUUCAACUGGCAUACUCUCUCUCACCUUUCACACUGACAUGGCGGUGGCUAAAGAUGGCUUUUCUGCUCGCUUUUACCUUGCCCCUCAGGAGGUCCCUGAAACAUUUCAGUGCAAUGUUCCCUUGGGACUAGAGUCUAGGAGAAUAUCCAAUGAGCAAAUUACUGCAUCUUCAACAUAUACAGAUGGAAGGUGGACAGCCCAGCAGGGAAGACUUAACAGUGAUGACAAUGGCUGGACACCCAAUAUGGACAACAACAGGGAAUACCUGCAGAUUGAUCUCCGCUCCUUGACUCUGCUGACAGCUGUGGCAACCCAAGGUGCUGUCUCAAAAGAAACACAGAAUGCCUAUUAUGUCAAAUCAUACAAGCUAGAAGUUAGCACCAACGGUGAGGACUGGAUGAUGUUUCGUCAUGGCAAAAACCACAAGAUUUUUCCUGGGAACAAUGACGCAACAGAAGUGGUUUUGAACAAGAUUCCUCAGCCAGUGUUAACCCGAUUUGUGCGCUUCCGUCCCCAGACAUGGCAUAGUGGAAUAGCUUUGAGAGUGGAGCUAUAUGGCUGCCAGAUUACAGAUUCUCCUUGCUCUAAUAUGUUGGGGAUGAUGUCAGGCCUUAUUUCAGACUCCCAAAUUACAGCUUCUUCUGCCAGGGAAUACCUGUGGCAGCCUGGUGUAGCACGAUUGGUCAGCAGUCGAUCAGGCUGGUUCACUCAUAUAACUGCUGAAGAUGCAGGAAAGGAAUGGCUGCAAGUGGAUUUGGGUGCAGUGAAAACCGUCAAAGGGGUCAUUAUACAGGGAGCUCGCGGGGGAGACACCAGCACUGAAAAUAGAGCAUUUGUUAGGAAAUUUAAAGUUGGAUACAGCUUGAAUGGAAGCGAUUGGGAGUUUGUAAAGGAUCCAAAAACAGAGCAGGCCAAGUUGUUUGAAGGCAAUAUGCACUAUGACACGCCAGAGGUCCGAAGAUUUGAGCUAGUGGCUGCACAGUUUGUCCGCGUUUAUCCAGAAAGGUGGUCUCCAGCUGGCAUGGGCAUGAGGAUGGAGAUACUGGGUUGUGACAGAACGGAAACCAAACCUACCUCAGAGACAGUGAAGCCUACUAUCAAAACUGAGGAAACUACAACAAUUGUGGUUCCAGAAGAGGACAUUAGUGAACCUACAGGUACUGAAGAUUGCCAGGUCCCAUCGGGAUUUCAUUGCAAUUUUGACCAUUCAGAAGAUGUGUGCAGCUGGACGCAUGAUAUUGAAGCUGAUUUUACGUGGUCUUUCCAUCCUAAUAGUCCAUGGAUGGGGCAUUCAAGCUCCGUUCCUGUGAGCAGUAAAAACUAUUUACGUCUGCCCAGCAGCGGAAGAAGAGAGGGACAACAUGCACGUUUAAUAAGCCCCAAAAUGCACCAGCCCAGGUGUGUCCUCUGCUUGGUUUUUCGCUAUCGUGCUUCAGGAACUAGUGGUGGAAUGUUGCAGGUGCUAAGAAGAUCUAGCCAAGAGAAUAAGUUACUGUGGAAAAUUAGAGAAGAGUCGGGAGGUGAAUGGAAAGACGGCCACAUCCUCUUGCAAAGCGAUGAGGGAGAUUACCAGGUUGUCAUUGAGGGGAUUGUUGGACGGGGCCAAUCAGGAGAGAUCGCUGUGGAUGACAUUCGAAUAGCUAAUGACAUCCCCCCGGAAGACUGUAUGGAACCAAUCACUGCUUUUCCCGAACCAACAGUAUAUCCUGUGGAUGUACCUGCGAUAAAAAAUGGUUUUGAUAAUCAGGGUCGUCGCUAUGGAGGAAAACUUGAUGAGUACGAGUUCUAUACAGCUUUUCCCACCAGUAAUGUGGUGACUCCAAGGACUGACAAAGAAGAAAGUUGGCUUUAUACUUUGGAUCCAAUUCUAGUUACUAUCAUUGCUAUGAGUUCCCUUGGAGUUCUGCUUGGAGCUAUCUGUGCUGGUCUUCUACUGUACUGCACUUGCUCUUACACAGGCCUCUCUUCUCGUAGCUCAACUACCUUAGAGAACUAUAAUUUCGAGCUCUAUGAUGGAAUAAAGCACAAAGUGAAAAUGAAUCCACAGAAGUGUUGUUCUGAAGCGUGAUAGACUUGUUUACUUUAAUGCUGAACACUUGGUGACAUUACCAAUUGGAAAAUCUUCUCUCACCAUCAAAUGUGGUGGUAAUUUAAUUAGCUAUUUCAGCUGCUUUUUUCUUAAAGACAUGGAAAUGAACAUUUCUUACAACAAAUUAGAGAAGAGACAAUGUUUGAAGGAAACUGCUUGAAAGGAAAGGACAAAAUAGCCUUUCCGUUGAUGCCUCCCAAAACUCAAAUGCCUCCCAGUUUUACUUUCAUGAUGUAUGAUUUUUUUCAUGGGUUUAAAUAUCCCAGCAGAAAGUAUUGCUCCAUUGAGGAGUGAUGUGAAUCAGUUCUGAUUUCAGCGCUGUUAAUUUCGCCACUUGGAUAUUUGGAAAUAACUGCACUUUUAGGUGGGAUGAAAUAUGCUGAUCCCUCUCCAAGUGAGGAGGUGCACAACAGCAUCUGAACAUGAGCAGAACAGCCUUAAAAUAAGUCAUGAUCAAGAGCCAUUUUCUACAACCAGGUCUCUAAUGGAAAUGCGAUUGCUUGCGUCUUCUUGUGGUCGCUUACAUUUUCAAAUGCCUAGAACAAUGGACAUAUUUUUAAAGGGUUUUAUAUUCAGAGCUGGCUUUGAUUGUACCUUUUAUGUAUUGUAUGUUUGGAGGGGUAGGGAGUAGUUACAUUUCAUGUAUUGUUUUCUAGUGAAGCUUAUGAAAACUGUGUUUAACCCCUACACUGCAUUUGCUAUGAAUUCGACAUGGUUCCAUUCAAACUGGUAAUGUAUAUGUCACCUAGAAAUGGUAGAAGCUAUCAUUACUCAAGUUAAACCGAUAUUAAUGAAAAUAUAUCCAGUCAAUGUACUAGGCGUCAAAAUCUUGUAGCUUCUGGAUCAAUUCCACAGGUUGCUAGUACAUUAAUAUACAUUUUAGUAUUGCCUACAUAAUGCACCUUUCCACAUUGUGUAGGUAAUGGAUAUGUUAUAAUUGAGGGAUUUAUUCAGGAUCCUUUCAGGUGAAUUAUAACACAAGCCUCUGGUUUGAUUGACUGUACCUUCUAAAUUUAACCCCCUGGACAGUUUUUAAGCCUAUGCAUCAUUCAAUAAAGAGUUGGAUGAGAAAAAAUAAGUGUUCUUACAGAUAUACAAGUGAAGGGGGUUUAUGGUAAGAUCAUGUGCUGUGGUACAAUAGUAGGGGCAAUGUGCAUAUUUUUAGAAAACCAUUCUGCUUUUACACCUUAGUCACACACUCAGAUAGAGAACAGCAUACUGGGAACCGAGAUCGGCAAUAAUAAGCUUAAUUUUUUGCUUAUUAUAUGCUGAUAUAUGCAGUGGUAAAGUGACAUCAGUACUAAUAUUAAGCAAGAUUUCACUUCAAAUGCAUUUUCGUGCAUCUUCUGAAUGUUGAUCAAUACUAGCAGAUUAAAUCAUGAUAGAGGUAACAAUAUUCAACCUCAGCAUAGGAAAUCUAAUAUGUUAUCUAUACCACACUACACAACAGGCAAUUUUAGAUUGAUGAAAAAACACAAACCUAUGUGUAGGUCUGUGAAUGUUUAGUUGUGUAGUGACUCAGCAGAACACCCUUGCCAGCACUUAGCAGCAAUGAAAUAGGGGCAAUACUUUUCAUUAUUAGGAAAUGAUUUAGGUGCCUAUAAGUCUCAAUGUAAAGGUAUUCUGAAUUUGAUGUUUUGUUGUAUAUUUCUGUUUACUGAUUGUAGUGCCCAGUCUAUUCAGCGAUACAUGACUGUUCUGGCAAAAUGGCAGAAACUAGUGUCUUAUGCCUAUAAGUAGUUUUUGUUGUUGCUGUUGUCACUGUGUUUUUGUUAAGGAAAACAGGCUUUGUUUACGUUUUCAGGAGCAGCUAAUUACAUAAACUUUAAUUUAAGCGUAGUCCUGUUUCCUGCUUAAGUGCCUUGGAUACACAGCGUGAACGUUCAGAAGAAUGAACAUUUUCUUUGUUGCCAUGUCUUUAAUGGGACGUCAAAUUCUUCUCAAUCAACUUGGUUGUGACUUUGUUUGUAGAACUAGUAUAUUAAAUGGGUAGUUCAUGUUGCCAAAGCAAAGUCAGAUCCAUCCAGCUGGUGGUCAAGCACACUGGAUUGUAGAAUUGGUUAUAGCUAUUCCCUUCAUACACGUUAAGAUAACACCAUAAACUACAAGGAGAUAUAAAAAAAGAUAAAAUGGGCUUCAUAUAAGAAAUUGUUCUUGUUGCCAGAUUUCCUACAUGUUUCUAACACAGAUUACAAACUCAAUGAAAGACUCUAAGAAAUUGUUACUAAUUAGAAACACCUACGUUUCUCAUAUGUCAUGAUAACUCUACAUUUGCCAAAAAAAUGUAUUACUUGAAGUUGGUUGGCAGCCGAGUACGCACUAGUAUGGACAGUCUUAACAGACACCAACUGAGUGCCUCUAUAAAGAAAAAAGGUUGACAGACACAGGCACUACUUAUGUCAUUGCCAUUAAUGUAGUAGAAAAUAGAAAUUAUAGCUAUUGAUCACACAUGCCAAUAUCUAUGGCUAGCUCAAAUCCUCCUUCUAGCCUUUACAGGCCAAGGCUGACAUCCCUUAAUGUAUAAUUAAAAAAAUGGUUUAUCUCUAGUCACCGUGGGCUUAGUUUAUCAAACGCAAAUAAGAUUUUCAAUAUUCUACUAUCAAUCAAUUGUUUCCUUUUGUUAACUGUUGCAUUGAAAAAAUAACAACUGUCUGUAAUGGGGUAAAAAAAGAAUAGUUGCAUUAAAGAAAAACCUUAGGAAUUAUUUUCAGAAAGAAAUGCAAGAGGUAAGUGGUUAAUUGCACUUACCUUAAUGCUAGCCUUCCUUAGAUACCACGCUGUAGACACAUCACUGCUAGGGCAGCAGCACCCUGGAAUUACCAUUUCCAGCCCCUGUGCUUACCUGAAUUGAGAUAGAUGUCCCUUUAAACUUCUGUGCAUAUUACACUAUAAAUAAAAAAAAAAGCAGUGGGACUAGAAGUGGCCAUCUAAGGGAAACAAUGGGAUUUUUAAAUUUUGUAUCUCUGAAAAACCUGCGUAUCUCUCAUAAUGCUUUCCAAAAUGUAUUCCUGGAGUUUUUUAUGACCGUAAGGAUGUUUUUUCUCCAUAAUCACAAAUCAUGAUUUAUUUUAUUAGUGUUUAAGAUGGAUACUUACAAUGCAACAGAUAUAAAUCACAGGUUACAAUUCAUUUCUAGUCAUUUGAAAAUUGUCCUUAACAUAACAAAAUAGUUUUUUGUAUUUAAUUAGCAGUUGCAAAUACAAUUGUAACUAAUUCAGUUCAGCUUUUACUAUUGUACUUGAAGUCCAGUGUGUGAUUGUAUAUGCCACAAUCUGAAGAAUGCAACAUUUAAUAUAUUUUCACAGGUCAUUGCUGUUCUCAGCAGUUAAGGAUUUUGUAUUUGGAUAAGGACACAAUGUCCAAGACAAUACUGAAUAGACACAGUAGUCACUUUUUUUGGAAAAUGCAACUUAAAAAAACGAUGGUGAUUUGCAUGAAAUGCCCAGCACAAGCAAAAUAUACGCACUGUCAUAACUAGCAAUUGGAACUAUUUUUUAUUUAUAAAAGUGAAUGAGACAUUUCACUAAGGAAUAGUUACCUUUCUGUCCGGUAUUCUAAAAUAUAAAUUUGUUAAAAAAAUAUAUAUUUUAAGCUGUUAAUGUUAGAGUUAGUUCACUUAAAACUGACUUUCAAAUCUUUGGUAGAUGUUGGAGAGUUAAACCACUUAUUCUUAAAACUCUUUUGAGCUCCAUUGGCAAGAUUUCUGUUCUUGAGUUUCUGGGUCUAAGCACCUGUGGUUACCAAUACGAUGGGUUUUGUUCUACCUGUUGAGUAUUUAAUUUAACUUAUAUUAUAGAGCUUGCAACAAGAGGGCCAGGAAUCAUGGUGGUAGGAUUUCGUGCUGGAAUAUCAAAGACAUAUAAUAAGCCAGAGCCUGAACCCACCACUCUCCAUUGAUAACUUUCUGUAUCCUGACCCUUUAACAGAAGCAAACAUGGUAAAUGGAAUCCUAAUGCAGCAUAAAUGUUCAACAAAUGUCAAACAUGACAAUAGAACUAAGUUUAAAUACAGUGUUAGCGCUAUAUUCGACAAUUCUGUUUUUGUUCCAUGGUCAAGGCAUUAAAAGCAAUUCAUUACAUCCACACCUUCUCAAAUCCCACAUUUUUAAUCUCGAUCAUAACUACUUUAAGCUACACUCAAAGUGGACAAUUCAAUAAAGGAAAUCCCUAUUACAAAAUGUAACCAGCAAGCGGGUAAAACUGACUAACAGAUGUUCAUGUAUUCUAUCAUGGCCUAUGUCCUUACAAUAUUGUAGCUAUAAUUCUGUACAGGCGAUAAUGAAUGUUUAGGAAAUUGAAGGAUCUGUCUUGUAUCCAUAAAGUAAUUAUUUUGGUUAUGUUUAAUGUUAGCACAGCAGUGUAAUAUACUCAGCAAAUUUCAUAUUUCAAGCAACUGUAAAAAUGAUUCUAUGACUCUUACCAAUGACUAUAUACCGAAGAGGUAGGUCUGCCUUUAAAGCUGAGGCAGCCUAUCAAACAAAGCAACAUACAUUUAAACAGAAAUAUUUUUUUCAUCUAUUUUAAUCAGUUCAGUCAAUCCUGUUUUGUUGUGCUAUUUUUUUUAAACGUAAAUUAUUUAUCUAUAAGAACUUACUCCCUCCUGCCCAGUCUAUUUAUGUUUCCUUAUCUAUGUAAAUACUUUUGCUGUAAUGUGAAAUUUGCAUUGAGUAUUUUGUCUCCAGCUGCACUCCAGUCUUUUCAGGGGGCCUUGGAAUGGCUUGGCAUUGCAUGCUCCUUUGGUAGCAAAAGGGUUAAAUGACAUCAUUCCAUUUGCUGGCUGAGCCAGAAUGAAUGGAGUUAAGAGCUUUACUGUGAUUCUUUAUGUAAAGAAUUAGAAAUACAAUGUAAACUGUGUUAUGUAAUUUGUAUAAACAUUUUUUUAAAUAACUAUUUAAUAAAUAAUAUGACAAAUUUUU